GUUCUCACAGGUUGUGCCAGGCCUGCUGUGUUUGUCAAGUGGAAGUAGAGCAGGGUGAAUUAUUCUGUGCCAUUUCAGGAUUCUGUGUAAAUAAAAAGGGUGGUUAACCUCAACUUGUCAGGACACAGAAUGGCUGCACUGCGUCGUCUGAGGCAGUGCCACCCCACAGGCAUGGCUGUCUCUAAUCUUCACACGAGCAGCCGCGCCUCUGCCAAACAGCAUUACAAAAUGCUUGUCCUCGGAGGUGGAAGUGGGGGCAUUGCAAUGAGUGCACGAAUGAAGAGGAUGUUGGGAGCUGAGAACGUGGCCGUCGUGGAGCCCAGUGAGAUGCACUACUAUCAGCCAAUAUGGACCCUGGUUGGUGCUGGCGCAAAAACUGUAGCCUCAUCAGGUCGUUCCACCGCGAGUGUUAUUCCGUCCGGAGUGAAGUGGGUGAAAUCUAAAGUUCAAGAAAUAAACCCAGACUCUAAUACCGUCCACACAGAGGAUGGGACUGAAAUCUCCUAUGAGUAUUUGAUUGUGGCUCUUGGUUUACAACUCCAUUAUGAGAAGGUCAAAGGAUUGCCAGAGGCAUUUAAACAUCCAAAGAUUGGGUCAAACUACUCAGUCCAAACUGUGGAGAAAACGUGGAAAGCACUGCAGAACUUCAAAGAGGGCAACGCUGUGUUCACGUUCCCAAAUACUCCAGUGAAAUGUCCUGGAGCUCCACAGAAGAUCAUGUACCUCUCAGAUGCCUUUCUCAGAAAGACAGGAAAAAGGGCAAAGGCCAAUGUAAUAUACAACACAUCACUUCCUGUGCUGUUUCCGAUAAAGAAAUACGCUGAUGCAUUGUGGGACAUUGUGAAACACCGUGAUUUACAAGUGAAUCUGAGGCAAAAUCUGAUUGAAGUGCGAGCAGACAGGCAAGAAGCUGUGUUUGAAAAUCUUGACAAACCAGGCGAAACCAAAGUGAUUGAGUAUGAAAUGCUUCAUGUUGCACCACCAAUGGGACCCAGUUCAGUGAUUAAAGGCAGUCCACUGGCAGAUGAGGCUGGCUGGUUGGAUGUCAACAAAGACAACCUCCAACAUCAGAGGUAUCCAAAUGUGUUUGGGAUUGGAGACUGUACCAAUCUGCCGACAGCCAGAACAGCCGCUGCUGUCGCUGCACAGUCCGCUAUCUUGAACAGAACCAUCAGCAAAAUCCUGAGAAAUGAGAAGCCAGACAAGAAGUAUGAUGGUUAUACUUCAUGUCCGCUGGUUACAAGCUACAACACAGUAGUUCUGGCAGAGUUUGACUUCAACGGACAACCACUGGAAACAUUCCCCAUCAACCAAGCCAAAGAAAGACGAAUCAUGUACCACAUGAAAGCUGAUAUGAUGCCUCGUCUCUAUUGGCAUGGCCUUCUUAAGGGGCUGUGGGGUGGACCAGAACCAUUGAGGAAACUCUUUCAUCUAGGAAUGAAGUGAAACCUCAGCAUCAGUUUGCAAGUUAAUGGUUACAUUCCCUAAACUUUUAGGGAAAGAAGAAGCACAUUAAAUCCAUCAUUCCCUUAAAGGGACAUAUAUAUUAUAGGUUGUAUCGAAGCCAUUACUAUAUUUUUCACUUUAACCCAAUUAUCACUAAAAUCCUUGAUUUGAGGUGCCAUAGCUGUGAAUGACCCACUGAAGUGGCAAAUUGGCAUGUUCAGAAUUUCAUUGGCUGUUGGAAGCGUCAGUCAUGUGCAAAAUCAGUUGCGAUUGGCUCAAUCGUCAUACGGAAGAAGAGAAGGAGGCCGUUGUGUUAAACUCAGACUGUAAUUGGCUUCUCUGGUUGCCAAGCUUCAUAUGGCAGAUCAUGAUUGGUCAAGUGAGGUGUCAUUUGAAAUGCCACAGAGUACCUGGAGACUAGCCAGCCAGCAGGCCAUAUUAGUGUAGUCGCCUCACCACUAUCAGUCCGCAGCUCACUGACUGAUGCUGAUGAUCCUGAACCACUUUCUGUGGCUGGCGGUUGAGGUUGACUCCUCACGAAACAUGUCCCUAUGUUAUAUGUCUAUAACUGGUUAGGUAGCUGGGUAGCAACCUCCCUCACUGACUGUGACACGACUGAAGGAAAUACGACACACAAGACAACAACCCCUCAUGACGUGAGGACCUAUAGAGAGACAUUUCCCCAGUAAUGGAGCUUUGCCUCCCACCCCACUCGUUCCACCACUGAUCUGGGGUUGAAUGUGAUUAAUAAGUACAUUUACUCAAGUACAAUACUUAAACUUAGUUUACUUAAGUAUUUCAAUUUCAUGCUACUUUAUUUCUCUACUUUGCCACAGUUCUGAGGGAAGUUUGUAGUCACGUUACAGAUGGAGAGUUUAACUGCAAAAUAUGCAUUAUUUUAGUAUAAGAUAUCCAACUAACUACAUUGACUAACUACAGCAAUAAAUGCUACUUACACAUUAAUGCAUCAGUGAUAUACAAUAGUAUAACACUCAUAGGAGGCAUUUUUUGAUUUUUAAGUACAUUUUAAUAAUACUUUAGUAUAAAGUGACAUGUUCAACGAAGGAGUUUUACUUGUAAUGAAGUCAUUAUUAUUAAAAUAAGCUUAUGCUACUGAUUUGCAGUACGCUGGAUGCUAAAUAUGAUCCAGCAAGUGGAGGAAAGCACAUCAUCAUACAAUGUCUUUUACAGUUUUUUUUCUGUUCCUGUGGCGCCCCCAGUUGGUGUUCUUUGAAAAGCCAGCACACAGAUGAACUCAUUCCUUUUAACUAAUCAAAUUCUUUUCCAGCUGCUGUCUGGAGGUUAAAUCAAGCCUUCAACUUGCCUCAGGCAAACUUAACAAGCUGAUGCAAGUAUUUUCUAUUACCUGUGCUAGUUGUACAUAAAUUAAUAAUCACAUUUUCUCUACCCUCACGGAAAUAAAGUCGAUGUGCACAAUAUUCACUUUAGAAAACCUUGAUAUGCAAUAAAAUAGAAUAUAGAAAAACAAACAUCCAAAGCUGAAUCAACACCUCUCUGCAAAUGUUUCAAUAAAACUCAA